GGCAUGGAAUGCAGAAAUGUUGUCAUUUACAUAAAAAAAAUGUGAUUUUUGUUUUGUGCUAAUCUAACAUGGCACAGUAUUUUUCGAAUGAUGUGAGUUUCAUUCCCUUCUCUUUAUAAACUCCGAGAAGAACUUACGACAAACUUUGACAUUCAUAUAAGAUCAAUUAAUUUAAAGUUUAUUAAUAUCCCUUUUUUGUACUUCACAAUUUAAAAAUUUUUAAUUGUUGGCUUUAUGAAUUUAUCUAUGUAAUCCUAGUGCAAUCCUGUGUCAGUAUAUAGCACAUAUGAGACAGGUACGUAAUUCUGAAAUUUUUGCGAUAUACCGCACAGCAUUCUUUUGAUAAGACGUCGGAUAUGAGAAAAUCCUUGAACAGAUAAAUUUAUUUGUGUUAUUUCUAUUCUUUAUAAAAAAAUACAGUUUGAAAUCAUGUUUUAUUCGUCAAAUUUGAAUUUGAAAAGCGAACAGUCUUAUUAAUCGUAUAAAAUAUGCGCAACUUUUACUUAAAUUCGUAUUUCUAAGCAGGUGACUUAAGUUUAUCAUUACGAUAUGGGAUAUACUUAGUAGGUGUUACUGUUAAAAGUUGUGUAGACUUAGAGAGGUGGGGGCUUCCCGCCAUCUUCAGGUCUUUCGUGUUUAAUUUCAAACUGUUUCAAACCGCAUGUUCCCGCUCGUAUAUAGUUAGCUGAUGUUGAGGUCAACAACAGAAGGACUAUAUUUUUAAUUUACAAUUAGUCCGGUAGCAAAAGCACGUGGUCGUUAAAUUUUCGGCUUAAGUUAGUGCCUAAUAAGGAAGUGAACUCUUUUUAUUCAACCACCUGUUUUUAAAACGAAAAAAAAAAGACAAAAUGGGUAAACGUAAAAGUGCUGUAAAAAGUGAUGUUGUGGCUCAUCCAACAGAUUCUUCGGCUCCGGGUGUUAAAAUGAAGAAAGAACUGGGGAUAAUUGACGGGGUUGCGAUAAUUGUGGGGGUUAUAAUAGGUUCUGGUAUAUUUGUUUCGCCGAAGGGUGUUUUAAGGUAUUCCGGAUCAACAGGGCAGGCCCUUAUCGUUUGGAUAAUGUCCGGACUUUUAUCAAUGAUUGGUGCCCUAUGUUACGCAGAAUUGGGAACCAUGAUUCCAAAAUCUGGAGGAGAUUAUGCGUACAUUCUGGAAGCUUUUGGUCCAUUGCCGGCAUUCCUUUACCUAUGGGUUGCUCUUUUCAUAUUGGUACCCACGGGUAAUGCCAUAACUGCCAUAACAUUUGCCCAAUAUAUUUUGCAACCUAUGUGGAUGGGUUGUGAACCCCCUUACGAGGCCGUAAGACUCCUAGCAGCAGUUGCAACAUGUUUAUUAACUGCAAUAAAUUGUUGCAACGUGCGAUGGGUUACGAGAGUCCAGGAUGUUUUCACAGCCACGAAGAUCAUGGCAUUGGCACUUAUUGUGGCCAUUGGCUUGUGGCAUUUAUGCCGAGGGAAUCUUAAACACUUUGCCAAUCCUAUGGCAGGAACGCAAACCGAUCCAGGAUAUGUUGCCCUGGCUUUCUAUUCGGGUCUGUUUUCUUAUUCUGGAUGGAACUAUUUAAACUUUGUUACCGAAGAACUAAAAGAUCCUUACAGAAAUCUUCCCCGUGCUAUUUGUAUUUCGAUGCCUUUGGUAACUGGAGUUUACGUUGUGACGAACGUGGCCUACUUCGCUGUUUUAAGUCGCGAUGAAAUGUUAACAUCGCAAGCUGUAGCUGUUACGUUUGCAGACAAAAUGUUAGGAGCGUUUUCUUUCAUCAUGCCCUUUUUUGUCGCCUGUUCGACAUUUGGAUCGCUGAAUGGGGCCAUUUUCGCGUCUUCAAGGUUAUUUUUUGUGGGAGCACGACAAGGUCAUUUGCCCAAGGCGAUCGCUCUCAUCGACAUUAAAAGAUUAACACCAGUGCCAUCAUUAGUAUUUCUUUGCGUCAUCACGCUGGCGUUGAUAGUAAUCGAAGACGUGUACGUGUUAAUAAACUACGUUUCGUUCGUAGAAGCCGUCUUCACUAGUAUGAGUGUUUUGGGACUUUUGUGGUUGCGAUACAAGCGACCAGACUUGCAUCGACCGAUUCAAGUGCAUUUGGCAUUACCGAUUUUGUUCUUCGCAAUUUGCGUGUUUUUGGUGACAUUUCCGUGUUAUGUUAGCCCGUUGGAAGUGGGGGUUGGGAUGAUAUUAAUUAUUUGCGGGAUACCUGUUUAUUUCGUAACAAUCUGGUGGCAAACUAAACCGAGUUGGUUGAAUAGGUUGUUUGACAAUUUUAAUCUUACAUGUGCCAAACUAUUUAUGUGCGUGCCUGAAGAUGAAGACAGUAAGUGAAUCCGAAACUUUUUACAGAUAAGAAAAUUGAAACAACAGUCCUUGUUUUAGAAACGUGGCUACUAGCAAGGGUGGCAUUCUUUUUUGACCAAGUUUCUUUUUUUCGAUUGACUAAUGAGCUUUUUUUCUUAAAUCUUUAUUUUUGACCAUUUUUAUCUUGUCUGCAUUAAGAAUGGCGAUUCUCCUUAAUUUACAAGUCGAAAUAUUUCAAUUUAUUAUCACUCUCCUGAAUUGCAUAGAAUCAGCCCGCUCACACAAUUGAUGCGCGGCUGUCGUUAAUACAGAGUAGUAACAAGAGAACACUCAUAACUUUUAAUAACUUGAUAUAAAACAGGAAUCUCGAGAUAAUUUUCAUUGCAAAUAUAUCAUGCUGGUACAUCGACUACCUAGUCAUUUGCUUUAUGUAAAUAAAUUAAAAUUAAAAACAAAAUGAACCAUUAAUAUAUACGGUGGUAGAAAAUAUAACUAUUUUAAAUAAAUAUUUUAAGCUGUAAAUUGAAGGGGAUCCAUUUAUUUUAAUGUAGAAAAAUAAAAAUUAAACAAAAAAGUUUUUAUAAUUUGAAAGCUUUUAAAAUUCUUGAACUAAUAAAAGAAAUUAAUUACCAUUGGAUAAAUAUGUAAACAGCAAACAGAAUCGAAAAAGAAAUAGAAAAAGGGACCACCCUAGUAAUCAUACUGGCUUUUAGUAGUUAAGCGCCUUUUUUUUGUAUACAUUCUGAAAACUGUAUUACUGACAUAUUUUAUUUACUAACGAAUCUGAAUGUUAUUUAUUAAUUAUAAUUUAAUUUUAUAAAAUGUUACUGAAAUGUUUUUAAAAUUUGUUUUCGCUAGGACAAAAAGGCAAUGAAUUAUAAACACCACAGUAAGUUAGAUAAUAAAUAAACUACCCAAAAAAACAUAAAUUUACUUUUGCGGACAUAUUUAUUUGUUAAAACGAUUUACUUGACCAAAAAAUAUGAUUAAAGUUUAAGUAUACACAUCAUUUUAAUAUCGUAUUUGUUAGGGUUUUAAAGUGUCUUGUGGUUACAAUAAACUACGCAUUACAUUGUUAUUAUUUAAUUUACAGCUUAACUGUGACAAAAUAUUUACAUAAUUUUAAAUACAAUGAAGUGAGGGAAACCUAAAAUCUAAAUCUACAUCAGCAGUUUUGCUUUUGCUUAGGUAGGCAUUAAAUAUAAAGUUAUAAAGUUAAGUCGGACUAGUAAAUUGUAUCAGCAUUUUUACAAUUAUGAUUGGCAGUCUUAUUCACAAGUCGUUGUAAUUUAUAAGGGACUUAAAAGGUUUUGAAUGAAGCAAUUGCCUUAACAUAUAGAACGUAGAAAAGGAAGUGGUCAAGAACGAGACCUAUUUAAAUAUUUUUACAUACAUAUCUUAAGUCCGAAUUUUGCUAACUUUUUACUGUAUAUCAACAAUAAUAUCGUACUUUCGUUAGAGGGUAUAGUAAAAAAUCGUUUCGUACUAGAUAAAUUCAUAUAANCUU